GAACUGCGAACAUCAACAAGCCUUUCAAAAACUUUACAGUUCAUGCCUGGCGUCUGGCGACCGACUACUCUAAUUACUUACCGAGGCUUGUCUUCUUAAUCCCCCUUUCCAGUGAAGCCAACAGUACUGAUAUUUGAUAACGUUUCUAGGGUCUGGGAUGAGGUUUUGGUGGUGGGUGUUUCCAGGGUAUAUAGAAGGUGUUUCGCUCAUCGAUCCAGCACCGUCGGCUUGGCGACGGCGGAAUAGGGGGAGCUGAAGGGAUUUAGGGAUUUGGUAGCAAUUAGUGCAAUGCUUCCAUAUUUGCGCUUCUUGGCGCUCUAGCGACAUAUUUUGCUCGCAGGUGGAGCACGCGCAGUGCGCACGUGCGUCGUCUGUGAAGAUUGCAGGGCAAAGCUUGAGCAAUGACUCGGUUUGCUCGGUACUCAACGAAAGGCAUCAAGAAGCCUCCAUUAGAUGCUACGCCAUGGUCAGAAAUGGCACCUCCAUCAGCUGAGAAACACUCGGCUGCAGCUGCUGGUGCCAAUUCAAAUGCCUCUGUUGUCAAAAAACCUGUGGCAACUCUGAAAGGUAGUGGCAAGAAAGCCAAGGGAAAGUUGUCAGCUCAGCUAGAUCACUUCAGGACAGCAUCCACUGGCAAGAAAAAGGGGAAAAAGAUAGAUGCAAAGCGUCUGAGUCUGCCACAAGAAUUCUCGGAUGAUGUUGACUAUUCCAGCAAAUCUGAUGCAGAUGACUCAAUGGAAGCUGAGUCACCCAAAGUGAACAUGGAAAAUUAUCAAAAUAAGGAAGUGAAAGAACAGAAAUCUCAGGGUGCAAAAAAGAAAAAGAAGAAGCAUUUGAACAUGAUUGCUGCCACAUCAGUUGAUUUGGAAGGAGAUAGUGAAGGAAAAGUUCCUGAUGUCAAUCUGCAAGGGGAAGAUGAUGUUAAGUCGCCAACUAAAGGAAAGAAAAGGAAAAAUCAAGAUGCCAACAUGCACAAAGAGAAGAAGAAACAUGUCAUAAAAGAUGGUGACAUGGUGAAGCCUCCUAUCAUGAAAGAUGAACAAAAUGGAGAUGAUUUCUCAGCAGAAGAGACAUCGGAUGCACAGCCGAUGUCUAAAAACAUCGGUAAUUUACCUGUGAAAAACAAGAACAAGAAGCCACAGAAGCAGAAGUGGCAGCAGAAGCUGCCGGCGGCGGCCUCCGGUCCCCCUCUGCUGGCCGAGGGUCCACUGAUGACCCAGUUCGAGGGCUACUGGGUGCGCCGGCGUGCCGUGCCGCGUCUGGAGCGGAUACGCGCCGAGCUGGCAGCCUCCAUCUCCGACCCGCAGACGCUCAAACGCGAGAUGAAGAAACGCAAACGUGCCGAGCACCGACUGCUGCUCUCGCAGCUGGCGGCCCGUGGUGCCCGAAAGCCCACCUCCGCCGCCGCUCGGCUCCAAGACGACGCGGCCGAAAACGACGACGAGGAUGGCGGAGACCAUGCUGAUGUUGCCCAGGGGUCUGACGCUGAGGAAGACAAGGACGACGCGAGUGACGGCGAGGCGGACACGCCUGGUGAGGAGCGCUCUCCGCCGGCGAAGCGCCGAACAGUGGCGGACGUGCGAAACCCCGGCGGCGGCGCACCGCGGGAGGAGCGGAUGGUGAAGUUUGACGGCGUCUGGAUGACGGCGGACGCCGUGGGCCGGCUCAAGGAGCUGCGCCGCCAGCUGAAGCUGCAGCGCGUCUCCGAGAUGGUCCUCAAGCAGACGAUGAAGACGGCCCGCCGACGCGAGGAGAUGAAACGCAAACGAGACGCUAAGCGGGUGUGUCUGGGCUGCCGUCAGCCGGGCCACCUCAUCGGCGACUGUCCGAACCGCGCUCCGGGCCUGAAGGCUCCGGUGACGGGCCUCUGUUUCCGCUGUGGCUCCACCGAGCACCGUCUGUCAGAGUGUCGGCGGCCUUCCGACGGCGGCAAACUGCCCUACGCCGUCUGCUUCGUCUGCGGCCAGACUGGCCACCUGUCACGCGACUGCGCGCUCAACCCCAACGGCGUCUACCCGAAGGGCGGCUCGUGCAAGGUGUGCCAGCGCCGCGACCACCUGGCCGAUGACUGCCCGGAGCGCCGAGAGGAGGAGGCGGCGGCCACCGCGCCGCGACUGGCGACCAUCGGCGACGGGCCACUGGAGGAAGACUACAAGCACGACUUUAGGGAGACGCAGACGAUGGCUGUCUCCGCCGCGCCCGCCACCAGAACGCCCAGGAAGGUGAAGUUCUAAGGAGGAGAGUGAAUUCGGGAAGGUGUGCUGAAGAUGAGGAGGGAGAGAGGGAGGGCCUGCGGGAUUGUUAGAAAGAUGGCGCCACGGUUAUGAGUUGUGGGAGGUCGGCGUGACAUAAGAUGAGUUGUUUGAGAGUGGCGUAUUAUUGUUUUGAUAUGCGGACACGUCUCGGAGAGAGAAACUGUUAGCCGUGCUCGCCAAAUUUGGAAUUAUUUGUUUGAAUGGGCUUUGAAGGGGUUAUUCGAUAGGUAUCUUGGUAUCCCACACCAAUGUGUCUCGGACACUGCUGACGGUUUUUCAGUAAUUUCUCGGUUGGGGAGGGUCGUGAACUUGAAUAACGUUCAGCUUGUGCUUUCGACGCUCAUUUUCAAUACAAUGGAACUUAAGCUUCG